UUGGGCUUUGAAUGAAUUUUGAUUUUGACAAAAUAACAUAACCUCAAAAGUUAAAACAUGAAAUAAGUUUUAAAAAACUGAUGUAAUAGUGAUGAUACAAGACAAUAAUCUAUUUUAUUUACUAAACAAAAGAUGGCAAAGUAUAUAGCUCAAAUAAUCGUGCUCGGAGCGCAGGUGGUCGGUCGAGCCUUCGCCCGAGCACUGCAGCAGGAGUUACGUGCGUCUCAAGAAGCAGCCAAAAGAGCUGGAGGUGGCCCUGAAGGUGCAAGACGUGCCGCAGCAAACGCCUCAACUGGACUUACAUUAGAAGAAGCAAUGCAAAUCUUAAAUAUAGAUAAAUUAGACGCCCAAAAAGUCAAGAAUAACUACGAACACCUCUUCAGUGUUAACGAAAAGGCAAAGGGUGGUUCUUUUUACUUACAAUCGAAAAUUGUUCGCGCUAAGGAGAGAAUAGACACAGAAUUCAAAGUCAAUCAACCGAAAGCUGAACAAAGUCAACCUAAGGAUUCAUCAUGAAAAUAAUGUUUAUCCAGGGUCCACACUUUAAGUACAUUUGUUAGUCCCAAAACAGGGAAAUACCAGAGACAAGAUGUGCUGAGGGUGUGGAUCUAGGAUUGUUUUUUGUUGUAAAUUAUAGAUAUUGUUUUAGUAAAACUAGUUUUAGUGUUUAAAAUAUUUUAUUAUGUAGAAAAUGGACACAAUAGUGACUAGAAUACAUCAGUCUUCAUAAACCUACUAUAAACAUGAUUAUGUUGUUAUUACAUCAAAAUACAUCAUAGCUGUGUUACAUCCAAAUGGACAAACUUGUUGCUAAGCUUGAUAUUACAAGUAUCAAAUAAAUUUUGCUAAGCAUUAC